UCCACGCGGCCAAACCUCGAGGAUGCGUGUCUGGAAGAAUAUACAUAUUUUGACAGUAACCCUAUCAAAAAUAUUACAAUCGAUAUAAAUUAAUUCUCGUCGACUCUGUGACUGUAGGAAUGCACCAAGUAAUUAUUGUUCCGUGUUCGUUUAAUUUAUAUAUAGUUACGUUCUUCGAAGUGAACUGAUUUAUGCCGAUCGUCGAUUCAAAAUCACAAAAAAAUUCUUCCAAGAUUUUUGAAACGUGUAUCAUUUAAGGAAAUUGAUACGACUGUGUGAGAAAUUUGAAUGAAUUUGUAAUUUCGGGGGUUUAAGUCGCGAAAGUUUAAUGACGAAUGUCCGCGUUCCCAUCUCCCAUUUCCUUUCGAAAAUAUUCGUGUUUCGAGAAACGAUCCUUAUUUCUCAGAAAUGGGAACUCAAGGAAACUGAUCUCGGCUUUUGAAAUAGUUUUAGAAGCUACGAGAUCGCGAUUUGUUUGAUCCUUUAUGCCGUUCUAAAUCUUAAUCUACGAGUAGUUUCUCUUAUAAGGUUAUACACGAGAACACGAGUAACCAACGAGUAAUAAUCGAGAAAUAUCGUUAUACGAGACGAAGAGGAAUCGUUUUCGAAAUUACCUGCAUACCGGCGAGAACCAGUUCCAAGCAAAACGGGAUAGGAUUUCAGAUUCUCACUGAUCGUUCUAGAUUCUAGAUUACUUGUAAACACAGCGUGGCCACAGAAUCCGCGUGACUCGCACGAGAGGAAAAGAAACGCGUAAUUUGAAUCCAUUAAAAAGAUCGAAAGAUGGAAGGUACUGCGACGACAUCUCGCGGUACAACUUCACGCGCGAAUAGGCAAUAACGAACUACAUGCGUUAAAACUGAUACUUUAGUCAAAUAAUUCGAACUGUUAAUGAAUAAAUAGUUUCUAUGAAUACGUGUAUGUUACAUCCGCGAUUUCGAUUGUUUUUGUAGAAAACUUCGAAGUUCUAGAAUUUGAUACGUUGGAGUUAAACUUGCAACGAUCGGUUGCCACUUGAACACUCACGAUAACCCACUUGAUUCUUAAUGAAACCAUUCAACGAUCCCACUCAUAGAUUCAUAUCUUGGUCGAGGAUUCGACCAUGCUUUUCUCUAUGAUAAAACGAGAACGGUUCGACUGUCGAUUUUAUUAGUUGGACCUUUACCAAUUUGAAAUUUAAGACGACGUCGUGCCACCUCCAGUUCCGAAUGCUAACUGCCUGAUGUUGGACACGAGGCGUAAUUGUCGCACAAAUCGCUUCAAUAUAUCGAUUAUCGGGUAUCGUUCGAUUCGGUUAAAGAAUCUCGCGGUGAUUUCCCAGUGCUGUGAAUACCAUGAGUAACAUUGACGUUCGAAUCUCCGUUGGUGCAGUGAAAAGAUCGAAGAAAAGUAUGAUAUUGUGAACGAAGAAUUGUGCCAUGACGAAAGAGAACAUGAGCAAGAAGGAAAUUGAAGAACUGGAGACGAGAAUUGUAAAGAACUUGCCAAAAAAUGUAGGUAGAGAAGACGAGGGAGCAGGUCAAAUAAAACCUACAGCACGAUCCCUGAACGCCAAAGUAGCGCAACCGGUCGUAAAGCGAGAUCUGAAGAAUCCAUAAACUGACUGAGCUACGAAAAUCGCCCUCCCCGCUAGCGCCACUCUGCCGACGCCGCUGCCCCCGAAUAAACGUCCACCACCAUCGUGAUCGCGUCUCCCCUUCGUGCUUCCUAGUCCUAAUUCGAUUCGCAAGCAACGCCAAGGACGGCCGCCUUUUCCGAAACGUGUCACGCUAACCUUCGCCAAUUUUCAUGUACACGUAACACGCGUAUAGUAUCGGCGCAGUAAAAUUCUGGCUCAGUUUUAUCUCGUCCUGUAACCGUUCGAAGCGCUGGUGAACGGUGAGCCGUGAUUUGAAAGAGUAAUUAUGCGGAAUAGAAGACAAAGCGGAGAAUCGCGAGUGAAGAGAAUCGCGAGGCGUUGUUCGUUCGUGGACAAAGUGCCCUAGUUCAAUGAUGACUCGGUGUCUGUGAGACGUGAUCUGUCGUUUGUCAGAGGACAGGUCGAUGACGUUAGAACACGAAUGUACACUGAUCAACGGGAUAACCCUCUGUUGAUAAAAAUUGCCGACGACAUGGAGGGAAACCUGACAAGCUCCUGGACGAGCAACUUAACUGCGAUGCUGUACCAGCUGCCUUGUAACGAUAGCUUCCUUGGAUGCAUCGAGGAGUGUAUGGUUGGCUCAUCAGAAUUCGAUCAUAUGUGCACCGUGGAAAAGGGAACCUUCACGUCAUCGAUGACACUGUUCUGUAAGCCCUGCGAUUACUCCAACUGCGAUGUGAACGUGUCGUUGGUUCUCAGCGGCCUGGAAAGCAUCGAGGGUGUCUUUUUGUCCAGGUUACCGAAAUUCAGAGACUGCAAUGAGACGAAUUUCGAUGAUCAGAUUUUGGAAUGCACGCCAGCGGAGAAUGUAACGACAGACAACCUGACGAUCUCUUGUUCGCACAGAACAAAAUUAAGUUCGACGACGAGGGGCCGCCGUUUCGACUGGAGCUUUCUCUUCGUUGCGGUAUUCAUCGUGGCGGGUGGCUUGGGGAACAUAUUGGUCUGCCUGGCUGUGGGACUCGACAGAAGACUACACAAUGUCACCAAUUACUUCCUUUUGUCUCUCGCCGUGGCCGAUUUACUCGUUAGCCUGUUCGUAAUGCCCUUAGGCGCGAUACCGGGAUUCUUGGGAUACUGGCCAUUUGGUGUACUCUGGUGUAACGUGUAUGUGACGUGCGAUGUGCUAGCGUGUUCCGCGAGCAUAAUGCACAUGUGCUUCAUCUCACUGGGCCGGUAUCUGGGCAUCCGAAACCCGUUGAGGACACGGCACACGUCCACCAAGCGGAUGGUCGGCUUCAAGAUCGCGGCCGUGUGGUUGCUCGCCAUGUUGGUCUCUAGUUCCAUCACAGUUUUAGGUAUAAUAAAUCCCUCGAAUAUCAUGCCUCGACCAGGGACGUGCGUGAUUAACAACAGGGCGUUCUUCGUGUUCGGUUCUCUGAUCGCCUUUUACAUUCCCAUGAUCGUCAUGGUAGCCACGUAUAUACUGACGGUGCAGCUGCUCAGACAGAAGGCUCGUUUCGUUGCGGAACAUCCUGAACGGGAUCAAUUUCGAAGGUUGGGAGGCAGAUAUUUUUCGACGAAGGCUUCCUCGACUACUUCAACUACGGAAACCAGCACAUCGUCGUCGUCGACGCGAUACACGUGGAGAACUUCCGGCGGUGUCGCAAGCGAAAGGUGCAAGGGCGCGAGGUCCAGCAAAUCCCAACCGCAGCUGAAUUUCGCCGUGAACGGCGCCAGCAACCCGACCGGAAGUACGGCCGGGACGAAACUGAGGUCGAAAGUGGAUCAGGCUACACAAACGCCGGAGAACAUAGCCCGUGAAACAAGGAACUUCACUUUGAGGGCCCUCAAGUUGCAGUUGAACGUCACUCCCAACACCCUAAAUCUCAGGUUCCUCGCGGGACGAACGAAGAGAAGAUCGUUAGCUGCGAACGCCGUGGCAACGGAACAAAAAGCCAGCAAAGUGUUGGGUCUGGUUUUCUUCACGUUCGUGCUGUGCUGGGCGCCAUUCUUCCUUUUGAAUAUUUUCUUCGCGGCCUGCCCCGAGUGCUCGGUGCCGGUACACGUGGUCGACACGUGUCUGUGGCUCGGUUACGUGUCCUCCACCAUCAAUCCGGUGAUCUACACGAUAUUCAAUAGAACGUUCAGGGCUGCGUUCAUCAGAUUGCUGAAGUGCAAGUGUUCCAGGUCAGCAAGGCCGGCGAGAUAUCGUUCGGUGACGGAAGGUGGACGCAACGCGAUGAGCCUGUGCACCCCGACCGCGCUUCCAUUGGUCAUUAGUCUUCAGGGUACGCCGUUGUUGACGCCGACACCGAAUCCGACGGCCACACCGGCCUCAGGAAGCUCCUACGUGACGAUGAUGCAUCGCACGCCAACGUCCCUUUACCGUGACAGUUUCCAUCAGCAUGAACACGAUCAGAAUUGUUGAGGAGAACCAAGUGUUCCAGGAAAUGCGAUCGAUGCCACGUGGAACACUCGAACGCCUAUGAUUCUUUUAUCGAUGGAUUUCUUCUUGGUCCGUGCUUUAUAGAACAAUUUCGUCAGGAUUUGAUCGACAAAUUUUGGCGCGAUCCUAACUGUCGGAUAAAUUUCUUCGGUAAAACUAUCGUCAACUUGAAACAAUUUUCUAAUUCGAUACCUGCAGAAGGUACAACAGAGUAUCGUAGCAAGAAUAGCAAAAUGUUUUGUCUUUAAACGAGGAAACUCGGAGCAAGCAAUAGCGAGAUGAAAUUAAAGGAUAAUACAAGAAAGAAAUGCAAAAGAUUCCCGUCAAUUUAAAUAGCGGUAUUCGUUUUGUUUGUUUGAUCGUGAUACAAGCGUUUGAGUGUUUUAUUGUAGUCUCGAAUAAAAGCGUAGCCUCGAAAUGAGGGAAACGUUUCAAUUGACGUCGACAUGGAAUGCUCGACGUUGAUACCUGCCGCACAAUUUUCCCUCGUGUCUUUUCAUGCUCAAUCGUGGUAAAGAAGUCUAGCAGAGAAUCGGGUAAUCUUCAAGUACGAAGAAUACAUAUAUGUGAAUGUGAUAAAACAUUUUAUUAUUAUUUUCUCCGAACGAUGCGAACAGAUUGGCCCGGGUGUUUCGUCGAAUCAAAAAUUAUCGUUAAAUCGAUACGUGUGUUGUAGCGAAGUAUGGUUCGUUUAACGAGUUACAAGUAAAACUGUAUGGAAUAAAGAAGAAUAGCGGCGUAUCGAUUCCAUUGUAAUGGUAAUGAUCGUAUGAAUACUUUAUUCACUGAUCCUGCGCUAUUUUCUCUUCAAUACACGCCGGUUAAAAUACACUAUCGUCUGUGAUAUCGAUGGAAGGUUUCUUUACUCUGCUGUGCACGUAGAGACUUGUUCGUAGAAAUGUUAUUUAAUUAACGAAAUAAUAGCCACAGAGGCAACACGAUUAAAAAUAGCGUCCUCUUCGUCUGAAAAUCUCGUCGAUUUAAAAAUUCACCGUCUUCGAAAUCUUCCAUUUAGUGAAACUUAAAACAGCUUUCACGGAAGGAUCAAUGAAAUGUUCAUAGUUCUCAGCCAGGAAAAAAGUAACAGUAUGAAACAGAGAUGCAAAAAGUCAUUCCUAUUUUACUUUCAUUUGUACUAACUUUUAUUUGACAAAUAAAAAGUAUCCAUUACAAAUAAUUGUAAACUGUAUAUCUUAUAUAAUACACACAUCGUGAUACGGGCGAAUCUUUCUCACUUUUUUAUAUUUUCAUCUUAAUUGUGUACACGCAUCACUCUCUCUCUCUCUCUCUGUCUCAACUUUGUUCAAGCCUUCAAUGAUCACAAUUACAAACUUUCUUCCAUCGUGUCUUCCCUCGGCAUUCGCACACACAGGCACGCACGCUAAAACACACCGAUUUCUCUCCCUCUCAUGCAUUUCGUGUGUGUAUAUGUAUUUUUAUGUAUGUCUCUCUGUUUUGUUGCCUGUUUCUCGUGUAAUCCUUAUUACGUAAGUGGGUCUCGGGGCAAUGAAAAAAUAUCCUGCUUCCCUUCCAAAACUGCCGUCGACUCGCUCGUCGAAGUUCGAAACAUGUUAACGAUAAGAAUGGAAACUGCCACGUCAUGUGGCAGAAACUCCGAAUGUUUCAAAGCAAAAUGCACGAAAUGCUUCCUUGAGAUUCCACGAAAACCGCAAUUCAACCCUUAAAGCGGUAAAUAUCGAUAGCUUGGCGAUACGAGAGAAAAAUGUAUUGAAUAUAAAUCGGAAUCAACGGCAACAAAUUCGCUGUUGGCAAACGGAAGAGAAGCCUGUAACUAGAACAUUUCUCAUUUUCCCCGACAACCAUGAAAAAGACGGUACAAUCGUGAGUCGAACGAAAAUGCACGCGCUUCUCUGUUCGAGAUCACGCGGACGUAAGAGGGUUUCUUUCUUAUUUUCUUUUUGAUCUUUCGAAUAAACACGACGUUAUGGGAGUGAACCGUCAGAAAGGGGGUGUGGGGGUAUCGGUAUUUCUUCUUAGUCGUAAGAGAAAAGGGCGGCUCCGUGGCGACCGGGGUCGGUCGUUUGAUCGAGAUGCGUUAAAAAAAAUGCCCUUCGUAGCGUCAUCGGAACCCUUUCUCGGGGUCGUGAUUCCGUUUUCUUUCUUCUAUUUCACUUUCGUCACGUGGCUAAGUAUACUAUCAGGGAAUGAAGGAGAGAGAGGGUAAAGGUGCUGAGAGUGUCUCUUUGAGGAAGGGAAAGAGGACGAGUUAGUUCCAACUUGAGGGCGGCUUUUCGACUUCCUGUUCUUCUCUCUUUUUUUUUUUCUAUCACUUCCUUUUCAUUUGCAAUAAAUCUGUCUUUAAAAUUCGCAUGCUUGUUCAAGUUGCAACCCCUAAAAGAGAACAUCCGUGUGUCCGGUCGCUGAUACAACGUAUAAAAGUCUCAGAGGAAACAAGAUGAAAUCGUAGGGUUCGACGAAGUGUAAAAAGGGUUGACAUUGGAGUUCGUGGUAAUUUACAAGGAAAUUUCGUUACUUUGUUUUCUGCAAGACUGUGCAUCGGACGCGCUAUACGGAGAGAUCAUCAUGGUGUUCCCUUUUGGAAGUACGAACCUGACAUUCGAUGUCUAUCAAACCUUUUCAUUUAAACAUUGGAUCCACAUACACGUAAUAAAACUUCUUCCUCGCUCCGUUUGCUCUUCGUCUUUUCACCGACGAUCGUAAGAUACAAAGCGAUCUUAUACGUCGCUAAGAGUGACGUAUAUGUGAUAUAAUAUACAUAUUAUAAUGUAUUCGUCAUUCUUAUAGUUUAACGUUCUCCAAGUUGCCUCUUGUUUCCGUUUAAACGCGUUAUCUAUUACUUUCUAAGACGCAGCAUCGUCGGACUUCGUUGCAAGUUUUCUUUUGAUUCAACAUCUCGUAUUAUAUAGCGAUAUUUCCCAAUGGAGUUGCAUCUCUAAUAGUUUAGCUUAUCACUCUCUAUUAUUAGAAUUCUUACACGCUUAACAGUUAUACCGCAGGGAAAAGAUCACGAACAUUCGUUACGCGCUCGAUCUGUGAAAUUGAUGCAAAAUUACUCUGCUUAAUCUUACGAUUUUACGAUCUUACGAUAGUUAAUAAUAAUUAAGUAUAAUCGUAAUGCAGCAGUAGACAGAUGGCCGUGUGACGAUUGAGGAAAGGGACAUGUUAUCGUUAACGACUUCUUUUCUCUUAUUUUUAAUUUCUCUUUUUUUCUUUUUAUGAUGUAUUUAUAUACAAAAAGUAUCCGCGUAUUAUCGACUUCGGUUCUCUCACCGUUGUCCUUUUUCUUUUUUUCCAUUUAAUUCGCUCGGCAACCUCUCCCUUCCUUCGAUCUUACCGAUACAUUUU